AUGUAUGCGAUUCGCGGUUUAUUUCGCGUUUAUGUUAAAUUUAAUGUCUUUUUAGAUGUAGCAGGAUAUAUUCGCGAAAUAUUUAUGAGUAAACUCCUGAUCCAGAUUUCGCGAAAAUUUAAUUUUGUUAAAAUGAGCGGUACUGUCAAAGUUUCUCACAAAGUACCCUUAAAAUUGAUCGUAACAGUGAAACAGGAAAAAACGAGUAAAGAUCUUUGUUUUAUUUCAGUCACACUAAAUAUUAAGAAGAUGAAAGUAUUGAUCACGGGAGCUUCUGGAUUACUUGGUCGUGCAAUUAAGACAGAAUUUGAAAAAGUGUCUGACUGGAAGAUACUUGGGUUAGGUUUUACAAGACUCGAUGGUGGACUGAAAAAAGUUGAUCUCCAAAAUGACGAAGAAGUUAUCCAAUUAAUAGAUGAGUUUAAGCCGGACGUUUUAAUCCAUUCCGCUGCAGAGCGUCGCCCAGAUUUUGUUGCAAAUCACGAAAAGGAGACUGAGCAAUUAAAUGUGAAGGCUACUGAAACUUUAGCGAAACAUGUAAACAAAUAUGGCGGAUUUAUGUUGUAUAUAAGCACCGAUUACGUGUUUGAUGGCACAUCACCACCUUACAAAGUUUCGGAUGCUACUAACCCGUUAAACAAGUAUGGAAUGAGUAAACUGCAAGGGGAACGGGAAACAUUGCUUCAUUGCAAAUACUCUGGCGUGUUAAGAGUUCCGAUUCUGUAUGGACCACUUAAAUAUGUCGACGAAAGCGCGGUUACAAGUAAUCAAGAAUGUGGUAAAAAGGUGCUGGGAACGAAAUUAAUUUCGAAAAGGGACUGUGCAAAAUGUUUGGAGAAAUAUUAUAUUGUUAAAGUGAAAGUUGGAUUCGCGAAAUUCCAUACUUGCCAUGUUAUUGCCAUAACAAGAUGUCUGCUGUCCAUUCUACGAGAUACUAGCAAACCAGCUACCAUUUCUAAUUAUGAACAAAGGUACCCGACAAGUACUGUCGACAUUGCUGUGGUCUGUCGGGAAAUAAUCAAAUAUCGUCAAAAUCACCCGUCAUUUUGUGGUAUAUGGCAGUGGCGAAGUGACGACAAAUUAACAAAGUACGGCAUGGUGAAAGUUAUGUCGGAAGUGUUUAAUUUGCCGGUGUCACAUGUAACACCAAACAACAGUCCUACGUCAGGAGCAGCUAGACCGUAUGAUUGCGAAUUUGAUUGUUCUGAGCUGGAGGCCAUUGGUGUAAGCCAGAGAACACCGUUUCGUGAAGCGAUAAAUGCGUGUUUAAAACCUUUUCUAUAG